AAAAAAGCAAGAAUACGGGCAACAAUAGAUUACCCAUUGUUACAGUUUCUUUCUUGAGAAUAUUUUUCGAAGAAAACGGACGUUUCCGAGAAUUUCUGCGUAAUUUAUAAAAGUAAAUUGUGUUAUUGAUAAACAAUGGAGAUAGUUAUUAAAGAUACGUAUGGGCGUGGAGAUGUGGAUAAAAGUCCAAAAUUAGUAAUGUUUGAGGAGAAAUUUGAUCCUCCAGAUCUCAGCAGAAAAUACCCAACUCAUUAUGAUAACGAAGAAGAUUCGUUGAGUUGGGAUCUUGAAAGUUAUCAAGAUAUAGAAUAUACAGAAAUUGUCAACGAUCUGGCUGAGAAUUAUUUCAAUGAUAGAGAUUCUAGCUUGCAAAAUGUUUAUAAGAAAGAUGUAUACUUUUGUAGCCAUCAGUAUGAAAAUCAUGUAUCAUGUGCUCAAAAAUUUGAGCCGCGAGCUGUCAACGAUUGUUGCAACAGAGAUUCAAAAUAUAUUUGUGAGGAGAAACUUGGCCCUCUUGAUCUCAUCCCAACUGAUUAUAGCGAUGAAGAUGAAGAUGAUUUCUUGAGUUGGGAUUUGGAAUCUUACCGAGAAACAGGUUAUAUGGAAAUUGUUCUCGGCCUUUCUGAGGAAUAUUUUGGCUACAGCGAUUCCAAUUCGCAACAGGAUUAUAAACAUAAUCAUUAUUUUCGUUGCGAUAAGUAUGAAAAUCAUCAUAUAUCGAGUGCUCAGAAAGUUGAGUCGCAAGCAAUGAACGACUGUCAAAACGAAAAUCCGAAAUUUUUGUGUGAGGAACAAUGUCAUCUUCCAGCUCUUAAUAUAAAAUUACAAACUGAUGAUAGUGAUCGAGAUAGUUUAUUGAGUUGGGACAUAGAAGGAUACCAAGAAGCGGGUUAUUCGGACAUUGUCCUCGAUCUUAGUGAGGAUUUUUUUAACGACAACAAUUGUGACUCGCAGCAGGAUUUAAGUAACGAUGACUACUUCUGUUCCGAUAAAUGCGAAAAUAUAUCCUGUGAUGAAACAGUUGAGCCACAAGUUAUUAAAGAGAAUUCUAAUAGUAAAAUAAUAGAGAAUAUGGCAUCUAAUGUGCAUGAUAAUGAACCAACUGAUCAUGCACCAAAAAAGGGAAAGUUUUCUAAAUUAAAGAAAUUUUUCCGAUCUUUCUUUUGAAAACGAAAGAAUUUCAGAAAUUAAUGAUUGUAGAAGGUCAUUUCCUGCUUCUUUAUACUUAAUUUGUAUAUAUUUACAGUCAGUUACAUUUUUUCUGACCUUGUACAAUUUCAUUCUUAU